GCCCGCUGGCCGCUCCGCCGCCGGCCACCCACGCGGUCCCCGGCGGCCCGCGCUCGGCUCGGGGGCGCGGGAGCCGCAGCCGGAGCCGGAGGCGGGAGCAGCGAGCUGGAGCCCCGGGCGCCCGAAUGCAGGAUGCUCACGGUCACUGGUGUCCCCAGGCCGCCACGUGUGAGGGCUGCUGCUCGGAGCUGAGGCCUGGCUUGAGGAGGAUGUCCCAGCCGCCGGCCAGCUCCCAUCUGCACCAUGAGUGAUGAGCGGCGGCUGCCUGGCAGCGCGGUGGGCUGGCUGGCCUGCGGAGGCCUCUCCCUGCUGGCCAACGCGUGGGGCAUCCUCAGCGUGGGGGCCAAGCAGAAGAAGUGGAAGCCCCUGGAGUUCCUGCUGUGCAUGCUCGCGGCCACCCACAUGCUCAACGUGGCCGUGCCCAUCGCCACCUACGCUGUGGUGCAGCUGCGGCGCCAGCGCCCCGACUACGAAUGGAACGAGGGCCUCUGCAAGGUCUUCGUCUCCACCUUCUACACCCUCACCCUGGCCACCUGCUUCUCCGUCACCUCCCUCUCCUACCACCGCAUGUGGAUGGUCCGCUGGCCCGUCAACUACCGGCUAAGCAACACCAAGAAGCAGGCGGUGCACACGGUCAUGGGCAUCUGGAUGGUGUCCUUCAUCCUGUCGGCACUGCCUGCCGUCGGCUGGCACGACACGAGCGAGCGCUUCUACACCCACGGCUGCCACUUCAUCGUGGCUGAGAUUGGCCUGGGCUUCGGCGUCUGCUUCCUGCUGCUGGUGGGCGGCAGCGUGGCCAUGGGCGUGGUCUGCACGGCCAUCGCCCUCUUCCAGACGCUGGCGGUGCAGGUGGGGCGCCGGGCCGACCGCCACGCCUUCACCGUGCCCACCAUCGUGGUGGAGGACGCACAGGGCAAGCGCCGCUCCUCCAUCGACGGCUCCGAGCCCGCCAGGACCUCGCUGCAGAUCACCGGCCUGGUGGCCACCAUCGUCGUCAUAUACGACUGCCUCAUGGGCUUCCCUGUGCUGGUGGUGAGCUUCAGCAGCCUGUGGGCUGACGCCUCGGCGCCCUGGAUGGCAUUGUGUGUGCUCUGGUGCUCAGUGACCCAGGCCCUGCUGCUGCCCGUAUUCCUCUGGGCCUGCGACCGCUACCGCGCUGACCUCAAGGCUGUCUGGGAGAAGUGCAUGGCCCUCAUGGCCAACGACGAGGACUCGGGUGACGAAACCAGCCUGGAAGGUGGCAUCCCCCCAGACCUAGUGUUGGACCGCUCCCUGGACUACAGCUAUGGGGGUGACUUUGUGGCCCUGGACAGGACGGCCAAGUAUGAGCUCUCUGCCCUGGAGGGGGACCUGCCCCAGUUCUACCCUCUGCGGCCCUUGCAGGAGGACAAGAUGCAGUACCUGCAGGUCCCGCCCACGCGACGCUUCUCCCACGAUGACGCGGACGUGUGGGCCGCCGUUCCGCUGCCCACGUUCCUACCGCGCUGGGGCUCUGGCGAGGACCUGGCCGCCCUGGUGCUGCCUGGCGGGUCCGACCGGCGCCGCGGCGGCCUGCUGGCGGAGGACGCGCCCCCCUUCCGCCCGCGCCGUCGCUCGGCCGAGAGCCUGCUGUCGCUGCGUCCCCCGGCCCUGGACGACGGCCCGCGCCUCGCCCCCGGCUCGCCGCCCGGCAGCCCGCGCCGCCGCGCCGGGCCCGGCGCCCGCUGCGCCUCGGCCUCGCUGCUGCCCGACGCCUUCGCGCUGACCGCCUUCGAGCGGGAGCCACAGGCCCUGCGCCGCCAGCCCGCCUCGCCGGGGCCCUUCCCCGUCCGCGCCCUGCCCCGCGACGGCGCCCAGCCCGGCGGGGACGCGGCGCCCCCUGGCGGCGGCGGCGGCGCGCAACGGAGCCCCGGGCCGCGCCCGGCCGCACACGCGCAUUCCAGGACCCUGCGGACCGGCCUGAGCGCGUCGUGGGGCGAACCCGGGGGCCUGCGCGCGGCGGGCGGCGGCGGCGGCAGCAUCAGCAGCUUCUUGAGCUCGCCCUCGGAGUCGUCGGGCUACGUCACGCUGCACUCGGACUCGAUGGGUUCGGCGUCUUAGGGCCCGCCGGCGCCUCCCCAAGUCUCCAGGCGGGCCGGGCCACCCACGGGGCCAAAGCACCAAAGAUGCCAUCCUAACCCGGCCCAGGCUCGGGGCAGGCUACGCUGAGGCCGCCGGCGGCGCCUGGACUUGCGCUAGCCCUGACGGGGCGGCGGCUGUGUGCCGCCCGGGAAGCGGCCAUUGCCUGGAGGGGCAACGCCCGCCCCGGACGACCACACUGGGCACGGACCAGCCUCUGGGCAGAGUGAGGCUGGGGCUUGGGAAAAGGCGGGCUCCGGACUGGGCAGCUGGCUACCGCCGGACGGAACAAAGCCCAGCCCUGCAGGAGCCAGCAGACUGCAGCCACUUCCCACUCUGCACUGCAACUGUCACACCUCAGGGGGUGGGGUACAGAGGGUCUGUAAGCACAGGGGUCUUCAGAGCCCAAACCAAGUUCUCUGAGCAGGUCCCCCUGCUGACUUGUUCUGCCUUGGUUUCCGCAUCUGUGAGGAGCAGGUGACCACGUUAGCUCUCAGGACUGUCUGGUCAAGUCUCCUGGUCUGUGUGCCCCGGCCGCCACCGAGGGGACAGGGAGUGAGUAGUGGAGGACCCUCCAUGGGUCCCUUGUGGGGCUCAGUUUUCAGGGGCCUGGCGUGGCCCCCAAGCCUGAGGCCUCCCACACUUAGUGCCCCUGGCCCCCUUGAGAACUCUCCCCAGCCAAGCUAAAGCACAACACUCUCGCACCAUCACCAUUGGCACACACCCGCCUUGGCCGCUGUUAGCAUCCCACCCUCAUCACUGUGCCUCCAUUGCCUAUGCACAACACGUCAGCCACCUCUGUGACUCCCACCACGAAGGUCGUGGGUACGUGGUGGAGAAAACUGAAGCAAAGGGGGAGCGGGCUUCCUUCUCCUGGUGCCAAUCCCCAACCUGUGCAGGUCUGGCCAGGAAGGGAUCUUGCCUCAGAGGCCUCGCAGCUUCUGGGUUCAAGGCCUGGUCCCUGGUAAGAGUCUUCCUCCACCCUGGGGCAGGGGUCUUCUUUUGCUCUCCAUGCUGGGCAGACCUCUUGCGGGCCUGGGCUUGGCCAUGGGCCCUUGGGAGGGCCUGCUGGGUCUUGCGUGCAGGAAGACCCUCGACUCAGGCUAAGGAGAAGCCCAGGAAUAGCUGUGGACUUUGAGCUGGAGGGGCCGGGGUGAAUGCAAAGACUGUCUCAUUCCAUCCCCUGCCUCCCUGCAGUGGCCCCUCCAUGUGAAGACCUGGAGGGGGUUCCAGGGCCCGCAAGGAGCUGGUCUACCCCCUCUCCCCUCCUACUCUGCAACCUGGAAUUGCAGCACUGCCUCUGCCCCUCAGGUGGCCAAGCCUGUCUCCUCACCCUCCAGACAGGGUCCCAGCUCCAGAGAGGCCUCUGGGAGCCGGGAGAACAGGGGGGACUACGCAGCUCUGUCUCACCCUCAGAGGCCCCUUCGGUCUCUGGCUGUGGGGUAACUUGGGGGGAGGGGCUGGCCACAGGUGAGUAAGGCAGGGGCCUCCGGUCCAGCCUCAGCCAUGGGAGGCCUGCCUCGCCAACGCUGCUGUGCCUUCAAGGACCAACGUGAUGUGGGGGCAGAGGCAGCCAGUUAGCCACCGUUCCCCACCCCCGCCGGCCGAUUGGUCACCUUGGGUUUUCAUAUCCAAUCUGUGUACUUCAUAUCCAACGGCAAUACUUGCAGGGAGGCGUGGUCCCCUGAAGUCCCUCCAGUCCUGGUUUUUACAAAAUUAUUAAAGAGGAGGGAGGACCCCAAGCAGAGGCCCCCGGAGCGUGGGGCUCCCUCUCUCACUUUGUCUUGCCUCCAGGCCUGUUUGCUGCCCUGAAGAGCAGCUUGGCCCUGGGUUCACUGUGGAGGGAGCUCUGUCUUCAUACCACCACCCAGCCCAGAGCCAGGGAUCCGUUUGUAGUUUUUUUUGACAACUGAGCAUUUAUCUUCUGUACAGAAUCUAAUAAAAACUUCCUAUGAUUUGCA